UAAAAAUCAAAUUCGGUUGACUAUUUUUAUUUAACCAAACAAAAUUCGGAUUCAAUAUAUUUUCGAUUACCGUACAGUAAAUAUGACGUCACGUUAUCAUCCUUCUAAAAAUCUCAGAUGGCGCUGGAGUUUGGCGGUUUGUUUGACAUCGUUUGGCUUUUUUAAAUUUGACGUUUUUGUUUCGUUCCUACAGGAAUUAAAUCACUCUUAUAUUAAAGAUGUCAAAGGGACAGAUAUUUGUAGAGACAUUAAAUAAAAUUGGAUAUCCAAAUUCUAAGAAACUUGAUGGUUCAGAUUUUGACUGGAUGUUUGAAAUUCCAAAAUUUGAAAUAUUUUUGAAUUGGUUCUGCAAAUCUGUUGAUGAAGAAAAUAUCUUAACAAAUGAUGAAUUGCAAGAAUUUGAAGAAUUAAAAUUGUCAUCUCCAGAUUCUAUUCUUGAAGGAGAAGCUCUAAAAAAAUGCUUAUCUUAUCUUCCAAAACAUAAAGAUGUUCCUUUUGAGAAGUAA